AUGGUGUCUCUGUUUCGGCUCCCCGACGAAGUGAUCCUCACACCUUUGCUGCAGAGCUUCCCUGGCCGGGAUCAGCAAAUUCGCUCUCUCGCGACCCUGAUUUACCCAGCCGCCGCACCAUGCCGUAACCUUGUCCUCCAUGGCGCCGAAGCGACUGGCAAGUCUAGCAUAACCUCGCAGCUGCUUGCACGCCUCGCCACCCACCUGUCCGCCGAUGAUGAUGACGAUUCGGGUUCCAAACAGGGUGGCAGCCGGUUCAAAUAUGCCAUUGUCAACGCAGCGCAGUGUAUCUCGGGCCGGCACCUAUUCGAACGCAUCGUCGGCGCCGUUGCCGAUUCUCUCGCUCUCCCUCCCGACACUCGGCUGCGACGUUGCGAGACGCUGGCACAGCUGGCCGUUGCCCUGGCGGCCAUGCUGAAGGAUGAGCCGGCGAUGAAGAGUGAUUUGGGCCGGAGAUUCGUCUUGGCGUUGGACUCGAUCGAUAAACAGAGGGAUGCGCCGCCAACGCUGCUCCCCGCGCUCGCCCGCUUGUCGGAGUUGAUACCGUGCCUCACCUGCAUCUUCAUCGUCACUGCUCCGCCUGCCGGAUUCCUCCGAACGCCAGCCUCUGCCCACCUGCAUUUCCCUCCCUACAGCAAGUCCGAGUUUGUCCGCAUCCUCUCGCUGGCACCACCCUCGCCCGUGCCGGGAACGACACAGCAGGAGACGUCAGACCUGUGGACACGUUUCUGUGCCGCCGUGCACGACGCAUUUGUGAACUCUGCAUCUCGCACUCUGCCCUCCUUCCGUCAUGGCUGCUUCGCUCUGUGGCCGCGCUUCACGGCGCCAAUACUGAACGGCACCUAUACGAUCAAGGAGUUUACGAAGCUGCUCGUUUCCGCGAGGGUGCACUUCCAAGACGAAUCACUCCUCAAUCCAAGCAUCGUGUGCGUAUCGUCACAAGUACUCGAGCCGACAUCAGCUGCCGAUGGUGGCGGAACGACGCUUGUGAAGCCGACCGGACCAGUGUCUGCCACAACGGAACUAUCUGCGUUGCUACCCAUCGCCGCUCGGGCCCUCCUCUUAUGCGCCUAUCUCGCCUCCCAUAAUGCCAUCCGUCACGACCUUUCUCUCUUCUCAUCAUACCAUCACGCAUCACGCAAGCGCCGGCGAGGAGGCGGCAUCACCGGCGCCUCCCGAGGUGGUGCCACCCGAUUCAAGCAUCGCAAGAUCGCACGGAAACUGCUAGGGGCUCAUGCCUUUGUCCUAGAGCGCAUGCUGGCCAUAUUCGAAGCCGUGCGCGCCGACUGGAUCCAUGUGACUAGCUCGAUUGGCGACGCCGGCAUUGACGGAGAUGUCGGCAUGGCUAUCGCCACCCUCGCAAGCUUGCGCCUUCUCACGAGGGUCGGCGCCGGGGACAUGAUGGACAGGGCGGGAAAAUGGAGAAUCAACGUCGGUUGGGAAGCCAUCAGAAGUAUGGGACGGAGCAUAGGGGUUGAAAUUGAGGAGUGGCUCAUCGAGUGA